UUUCCUUCUUUUUCACCAAAACCUUUUCCAGGUUGGACGUUUGUUUGUUAGCGCUCCACAGUCUAAUAAAAAUAAAGUAUGACUGAAACUUUACAAUUACGCGGUACCCUUUUGGGUCACAGUGGAUGGGUUACACAAAUCGCCACUAACCCCAAGGAUCCCGAUACCAUUAUCUCUGCUUCUCGUGACAAGACCUUGAUUGUCUGGAAGUUGACCCGCGAUGAAGAUACCAACUACGGUUUCCCCCAAAAGCGUUUGUAUGGUCACUCUCACUUCAUCAGUGACGUAGUAUUGUCCUCUGACGGUAACUACGCUUUGUCUGGUUCCUGGGAUAAGACUUUGCGUUUGUGGGAUUUGGCAGCUGGCAAGACCACUCGUCGUUUCGAAGAUCACACUAAGGAUGUUUUGUCUGUUGCUUUCUCUGCUGACAACCGUCAAAUCGUUUCUGGUUCUCGGGACAAGACCAUCAAGUUGUGGAACACUUUGGCUGAAUGCAAAUUCACCAUCCAAGAAGAUGGUCACUCCGAUUGGGUAUCUUGCGUACGCUUCUCCCCCAACCACUCCAACCCCAUCAUUGUAUCUUGCGGUUGGGAUCGCACCGUCAAGGUCUGGAACUUGGCAAACUGCAAGUUGAAGAACAACCACCACGGCCACAAUGGCUACUUGAACACCGUUACCGUUUCUCCCGAUGGUUCCCUCUGCACAUCUGGUGGCAAGGACUCCAAGGCUCUCUUGUGGGACUUGAAUGACGGCAAGAACUUGUACACCUUGGAACACAACGACAUCAUCAACGCCUUGUGCUUCUCCCCCAACCGUUACUGGUUGUGCGUUGCCUACGGUCCAUCCAUCAAGAUCUGGGAUUUGGCAUGCAAGAAAACCGUCGAGGAACUCCGCCCCGAAGUCGUCAACGGCUCCAAGGCUGACCAACCUCAAUGUUUGUCUUUGGCCUGGUCCACUGAUGGCCAAACCUUGUUCGCCGGCUACUCCGACAACACCAUCCGCGUAUGGCAAGUCUCUGUCUCUGCUCAUUAAGUGCAGACAGUUCUACAGCAUUAUACUACUACAACCACCACUUUCAACAACCAUCAUCAUUAUGUUUUUACCAAUUGUAUGCAUCCUGGUGAUCAUCGCAAGCGAGUUUUUAAGCAAGAACAGUAUCGUAGUAGAUAAACAAGAUUUACAUAGAAAAAUGUAUUUAUUUUGAGCGCUGAUUUGUUUAUUAUAUAAACAAAUAAAUAACAAGUUAAAAAAUUGUAUAUUCUUUUAUUUGAACUGAUAAGUAGUUGUGUGUCAACCCUUCUGGGGGACGGACUGUGUAUUAAUUUUCUUUUAGUUUUUAAGGCAUAUUAAUUUAAAAUAAAGUAGGAUUUUUUUUAUAAAUAUUACAAAAUAA